AUGGCCACCUUCUUCAUUCGGGAGCUCGGCGUGAUGUCGCGCACGAGGCACCCGAAUCUGGUUCGCCUGUUCGGAUUCUGCCACGGCGCGGACACCUUCGACCUGGUGUUGGAGCUGUGCAUGGGUGGCACCCUGUUCAGCCUGCUCCACGUCUCCGAUGUGGAGGUGGUGCCGCGCCAACAGUUCAAGGUGGCAGGGGACGUCGCCAAGGGCAUGGCGUACCUGCAUGGGCUGGCGACGCCCGUCCUGCAUCGCGACCUGAAGUCCCUGAACGUCCUGCUCCACGCUCCCGUCUGCUCCCCGAGGGACCAGCCGCUCGCCAAGGUCACGGACUUCGGCCUCGCGAAGAUGUGGCUCGCACCCGACGGCCUGCUUGACGACCACCGCGGUGGGCCGCCGGCUGGCGAGCCCCACGGCCGCACCACGGGGGGCGCUGGCCAGGGCGGCCUGCCGGAGAGCAGGGCGCGCGUCCAGACAGCCGCGGUGGCGAGCCCGGCGAGGGCGGGGCCUUCUUGA